AUGCGUGAAAUCGUUCAUAUUCAAGUUGGUCAAUGUGGAAAUCAAAUGGGUACAAAAUUUUGGGAAGUUAUUUCAGAUGAACAUGGUAUUGAUCCAACAGGAACUUAUCAUGGAGAUUCUGAUUUACAAUUAGAAAGAAUCAACGUUUAUUAUAAUGAAGCCACAGUCGAUGCAUUAACUCAUUCUGAUGAUCUAUUUAAAUACUUUAGUACGAUGGAUGCUGUACGAGCCGGUCCGUACGGUCAGUUAUUUCGUCCAGAUAAUUUUGUUUUUGGUCAAUCGGGAGCCGGUAACAAUUGGGCAAAAGGUCACUAUACAGAAGGUGCUGAAAUUGUUGACAGCGUAUUGGAUGUUGUUCGAAAAGAAGCUGAAGCAUGUGAUUGCCUACAAGGUUUUCAAUUGAUUCAUUCAUUGGGAGGCGGAUGUGGUUCUGGUUUGGGCACGUUGUUAAUUGCUAAAAUUAGAGAAGAAUAUCCAGAUAGAAUCAUGUUGACGUACUCGGUGGUUCCAAGUCCAAAAGUAUCUGAUACUGUUAUUGAACCAUAUAAUUGUGUACUAUCGGCUCAUCAGCUAUUAGAAAAUUCGGAUGAAACUUUUUGUAUUGACAAUGAAGCAUUGUACGACAUCUGUUUCCGAACACUAAAAUUAACUACACCAACGUUUGGUGAUCUAAAUCAUCUGGCUGUUACAGCGCUUUGUGGAGCUACAACAUGUUUGAGAUUUCCUGGUCAAUUGAAUGCUGAUUUAAGAAAACUAGCGACGAAUAUGGUUCCAUUUCCACGUUUACAUUUUUUCAUUCCUGGUUUUGCUCCACUUACGUCACGUGGUAAUCAACCAUAUCGUGCUGUUACAGUUCCUGAAUUAGUUCAACAAAUAUUUGACGCUAAAAACUUGAUGGCUGCCUGUGAUCCACGACACGGAAAAUAUUUGACAGCAGCCGUUGUAUUUCGAGGUCGAAUGUCCAUGAGAGAAGUAGAGGAACAAAUGCUAAAUGUUAAAGAAAAAAAUAAUUCAUAUUUUGCUGAAUGGAUUCCUGAUAAUUUGAAAACAGCUGUUUGUGAUAUCCCACCGCGAGGUUUAAAAAUGUCGGCAACAUUCAUUGCUAACACAACAGCAAUGAUCGAUCUGUGGAAACGUGUAGCUGAGCAGUUCACAGCCAUGUUUCGUCGUAAAGCAUUUCUUCAUUGGUAUACGGGUGAAGGUAUGGAUGAAAUUGAAUUCACGGAAGCUGAAUCAAAUAUGAAUGAUUUAGUCAGGUGA